ACGCGCAAUUUACCGCGCGCAAGCAGAGUGUGUAUUGUUGUUCAAACGGAAACACGCGUAUUUUUUCGUCAACUGCUUGUCACCGCGUUUGUUUGCUCGCGGGGCAACGAAACCGUUGUUCAACAGGUUGUGUUUCGUCAUAGGAUCGCGUUCGUCAGCCGUUAGUAGUGCGGCUGCCUAACACAGCAGGCCACACCGACCGUCGUCAGAGAGCAGCCAAGUGUUGAUGGUUAUGGUUCAGAGAUAACGAAAUUUCUCCUUUCAUUUUUAUUUGACGAUCAAAGGCAGGUGGUGGUGCAAACUUUGUGAACAAUUCCGAGGUGCUCUCGCGACGGGGCAGUUGCUGUAAGUAGUGAAAAUGUCUUGAAAGUGAAGAUAAACUGCAUCCAGAUGAAAAUCGAAACGUGAAAAAGGAUUACUUCUGGCAGCGGCAGCGACGACGCAUAGGAAAGCAGCGCCAGGAAUCCAAUCAGGCGGGCGACGACGUUCUGUCUAUCCUGCAAAUCGAAUCAAGGGAGGAAGCAUUUUCCCCUGCCCACUCGUCUGCAUUGGACAGAGGCAGAGGACGACGGGCAGCGAAAACUAGCGACGAAACGAUUCAGCAAAAACAAAACAUGGCUGCCGAACGCGACUACAUCGGUUUCGCAACCCUCGCCGACCAGGUACACCGCAAAUCGGUCAAGCGUGGUUUCGAGUUCACGCUGAUGGUAUGCGGCGAAAGUGGUCUCGGCAAAUCUACCCUCGUAAAUAGCCUCUUCCUGACGGAUCUGUAUCAGCACCGGGCGGUCCCGGGUUCCGAGGAACGGAUAGAGAAGACUACGAAAAUCGAUAAGAAAACGCUGGACAUCGAAGAGAAGGGUGUCAAGCUACGGUUGACGAUCGUUGACACACCCGGAUUCGGUGACUCGAUUAACUGCGAAGACAGCUGGCGAGUCUGUACGCAGUACAUCGAUGAACAGUUUCGACAGUUUUUCACAGACGAAAGCGGCUUGAAUAGGCGAAACAUUCAGGAUAAUCGUGUUCAUUGUUUGUUGUACUUUUUACCGCCAUGGGGACAUGGUCUUCGACAGAUGGACGUCGACUUGAUGCGACGGAUGCACAAAAAAGUUAACAUCGUAGUGGUUAUCGGAAAAGCUGACACACUGACGACGACCGAAGUGCAAAAACUUAAAACUCGUAUCCUGGAGGAUAUCGAAACGAACGGUAUUCAAAUCUACCAGUUUCCCGAUUGCGAUUCGGACGAAGACGAAGAGUUCAAACAGCAGGAUCGGGAGCUGAAAGCCAGUAUACCGUUUGCCGUGGUGGGGAGUAAUAUUGUGCUGGAAGUGGCCGGUAAAAAGAUUCGCGGACGUCAGUACCCUUGGGGAAUAGUGGAUGCUGAAAAUCCCCAGCACAGUGAUCUCAUCAAACUGCGCACGAUGCUAAUCUCCACGCACAUGCAAGAUCUGAAGGACACCACCCGCGACGUACACUACGAGAACUUCCGGGCGCAGUGCAUAUCGCAGAUCUCGCAGCAUGCACUGCGCGAACGUAACAAACUGAAACGGGAAUCUAUCGCUUCCAGCCACGAAUCGGCUAGCUUUAACGAUACGGACCGGUUGCUGCAGCAGAAGGAGGAAGAGAUCCGACGAAUGCAGGACAUGCUGACGCAGAUGCAGGAGAAGCUGAAAUCGACCCAGAUGAGCGACGCUGUUAUUGAUGUUUAGAUGCAGGAUCCGCCAAGUAGACAAGCACCUCGUCAAAAGCAUACAUCAUACAUCACGCGCAAUAUUUAGGUGGAAAUUUUCGUUGUAGAUUAAGGCAUUUCAUGAGUAAUCAUAACCACGUACACACACUACAAAUUACCCACUAUCAGAAGGCAACCCCUAACAUUGUGCAAGUGGUACAUAUUGAAAAAAUUAAAUUCUUGCCGCACAUUGCUUGAAGCUUCGUUUUUGGGGAUCCUGAAAUCGAAUCAAAUUAAAUUUAGUCUUGAGCAGGGGUCUGAGAUCUUUACGAAGAAGUUUGUCUUUUCAAAAAUGGGCUUAAAUAAGUUAAGGAGAUGUAAGUUGUGUAAAUGCAUCUGCUCACAUCUCUUAGCGUUGUCAGCUUGUUUGCUAAAGUAAAUUCGAUACGAGAUUUUGCACUACCGACUAACAUACAUCACGAUUCUCAGAGACCCUAUCAAGAUUAAAACAAAGUGCUGGCAGAAUUUCCAAUUUUUCCCCUGACUCCACUCCUAUUUACGUGGGCUACGCAAAAUAAUUUAAAUUCCCUAUUCGUCAUCAAUAAUUCGUACAUCCUAUAGCAUAAUGUAACCAAAUAGAUGUCUAUAGAAAUAUGUAGAACCUUCCCAAUCUGUAUCCGAAUAGUAGCAAAUCACCCGCUAAGACGACCAAAGAGCACUCUCAUCAACCAAUAAAUUAGUUCAGCCACACACCAACAAACAAACAAAAGAACAAACCACCACUACAAAGCAAGCAGGAAAUAAUUCAAUCGUGCAAUAUAAAUAUGAACAAGCGACACACACACACACAUACAAGACUAAUCGACUAACUAUUAUAGUAGAAAGCGGGCAAGUGCCGUUAAACCAGUAGAGAAAAAAAGAAAAAGGUGGGGUAUUGUUUCAUCGAGGGCGCAGUGUUUUUAUUGUUAUUUUUCGAGCAUCUCAGUAUAAGUAAUUACGUUAUACGAACGGAUAUAUCUAGAGUGCAAAACGAGAGAGAAAAAAAACGGGAAAUCUAGAAGCUAUAUUUAUAACUUGUUUGCUUUUUUCAAAGUGUUUAUUUUUCACCACCUAUCAUGGAUGUAAGUUUCUACCUUAAAAUAUUUAUUUCGCAGAAGAUUGUUCUCUGAUCUAUUUAUUUAUGCUGUAUCUACUAACUGUAUUACGAUUUUUGUACAUUCUAGCAGCAUUCGGUAAUGAGUAAUGAGUUGAUUCAAAUCUAGAGAGACGCAAAGAGAACCCAACCAAUCGCAGUGCAACCAUUACAAAUAUUGGUAGUGUUUAGAUAUUUCAAUAAAAUGUAAACGGCGUA